AUGGGAGAAAGAAACAGCGAGGUUGCUAUGGACGAUCACAAAGCUGUGCUCUCUAGAGGAACCAUUCCAUACGAGGAAACGUGUGGAGUAGAAUCUGACCAUCCUCCCACACAAGGCCAUACAGAGCAAGGGGACACUCUCCCGUGCGACUAUUCUACUGCACGGAAGGGAGACCUAGACCGACAUAUGGCUAAACACACUGGCGAAAAACGGUUCAUCUGUGGAAUGUGUGGAUAUAGGUCGGCUCGCAGGUCUUCGUUAAAAUUACAUAUGGGUAAACAUACAGGUGUGAAACCCUAUAAAUGUGACCAUUGCGACUAUUCCUCUUCAUAUAAAUCUGAUUUGGAUCGACACAUAACUAAACACACCGGCGAGAAACCCUUCCUGUGUGGAGACUGCGGAUACAGGACGGCUGACAGGUCUGACUUAACAGUACAUAUUAGGAUACACACGGGCGAGAAACCGUAUAAAUGUGACCAGUGCGACUAUUCCACUGCACAGUGA